CACCGUCUGCAAUUCCGCACUCUCCCCGCUUCCUUCCCCGGCCACGGCGGCGAGGCCAUCGCCGCCGUCGGCGAUCUCGCCCCGCUCCAUUCCGUUUCUCCCGUUUCUAAUCCCCAACCGGAGCAGAAAUGGCCAUCUCCUCUGCUCUCUCCUUCCUCUCUGAUCGCAAGCGCCCUGUCGUUGUUUCCGUCUUCCUCUUCCUCCUCCUCUCGUCGCUCUUCCUCCUCUUCAGCCCCGCCCCUGCCGCGCUUCCCUUCUUCUCCUCCCCCUCCUCUCACCUCUCCUCCUCCUCCUCCUCCUCGUCCUCUCCUAGCACCGUCGCCGCAUCGCCUCCCCAGACUCCAAUUUCUGUCCCCGCCGACGCAUCUCCACCGGAGAACCCAGUAAACGCGUCCGGUGGGAGCAACGCUGGCGCCACGGCCGGACCGCCCCAUCUGGGGCUCGCCGCACCCACCAGAGACAUCUCCGCGUACGCUCCUCGGCCAGAUCGCAGCACGCCCGUUGCCGCCGUCGAAGUGGGUGGAUCGGCAGACGCCAACGGAACCAGCAGGGGCGCCUCGGCCGGAGGCGAUGGAGCAGCUGGUGCGGCGAUGCCGUCGUGGGAGGCGUGCGAGGUGGGGAUGGGAGUGGUGGCCGCCGACUACAUACCGUGCCUGGACAACGUGAAGGCGGUCAAGGCGCUGAAGUCGCUGCGGCACAUGGAGCACCGGGAGCGGCACUGCCCGACGGCGCCAAGGCCGAGGUGCCUCGUGCCGCUGCCCCUGGGGUACCGGUCCCCCUUGCCGUGGCCGCGCAGCCGUGACAUGAUUUGGUACAAUAAUGUCCCUCAUCCAAAGUUAGUGGAAUACAAGAAGGACCAGAACUGGGUUAGGAAGUCUGGUAAUUAUUUUGUUUUCCCUGGAGGUGGAACUCAAUUUAAAGCUGGUGCGACUAGAUACAUUCAAUUUAUUGAACAGAUCAUGCCAAAUAUUCAAUGGGGGACCCAUACAAGAACUGUCCUGGAUGUUGGAUGUGGUGUGGCCAGCUUUGGUGGAUACUUGCUUGACAGGAAUGUCAUCACUAUGUCUUUUGCACCAAAAGAUGAACAUGAAGCUCAGAUACAGUUUGCACUUGAACGUGGAAUUCCAGCACUGCUGGCAGUGAUUGGAACACAAAAACUUCCAUUCCCCGAUAAUUCAUUUGAUGUGAUCCAUUGUGCAAGGUGUAGGGUCCACUGGUAUGCUGAUGGUGGAAAACCAUUAUUAGAGCUUAAUAGAGUGCUCAGGCCUGGAGGAUACUACAUCUGGUCUGCAACUCCUGUCUAUCGUCGUGGCAAAAGAGAUGAAGAUGACUGGAAUGCGAUGGUUGUUCUGACUAAAUCAAUUUGCUGGAGGACAGUAGUAAAAUCUAAGAAUGUUAAUAAGAUUGGUGUUGUUAUAUAUCAGAAGCCGACCUCAAAUUCUUGCUACCUCGAGAGAAAAAACAAUGAGCCACCUCUAUGCUCUGGGUGGGAAGGAUCACAUUCCCCUUGGUACGCACCUCUUGAUAGUUGCCUUUCAUUACCUGCUGUGUCAAGUUCAGGUGAAGGAAGCAGCUGGCCCAUUUCCUGGCCAGAAAGGCUUAACAUCAAAUAUUCAACUACAUCUGACAACUCUUCUAGUCAGUUUUCUCAAGAAGAAUUUGAUUCUGACACAAAGCACUGGAAGGACCUUGUUUCAGAAGUAUAUUUCAGUGAGUUUGCAAUUAAUUGGUCUACCGUUCGCAAUGUCAUGGAUAUGAAUGCUGGUUUUGGAGGAUUUGCGGCAUCACUCAUUCAUCAACCUUUAUGGGUUAUGAAUGUUGUUCCAUUUGAUCAUCCAGAUACCUUGCCUAUAAUUUUCAACAGAGGUUUGAUUGGGGUAUAUCAUGACUGGUGUGAAUCCUUUAAUACAUAUCCCCGGACCUAUGAUCUUGUUCACAUGAGUUAUCUCCUUCAAGGCCUCACAAAUAGGUGUGAUAUCACUGAAGUAGCAGCAGAAAUCGAUAGGAUACUUAGACCUGGAAAAUGGUUCGUGUUGCAAGACACUGAGCAAGUGAUUGGAAAAAUGGAUCCAGUUCUUCGUUCUUUGCAUUACAAGACUGCAAUUGUGAAGCAACAAUUUCUUGUCGCCUCAAAGGGCUUCUGGCGCCCAGACAGUGCAGGUUCCGAGUCAAGAUGAUUCAUGCUUCUUCUUCAGUUGCUGACUUGCUAUUGGUAAAAAUUAAGUGAAUAUUCAUUAAAUUCUAUUACCUGGGUUCUGCGCAUAGCAUAGAUAACACACAUUAGCCCCCAUAUCGACGGUUAGUUCGUUUUUCUGUUUGUAGUUAGUCGUGCAUAUUAACCUUCGGCCUUCUUCCUUUGUUUGGGGGUGCGAAUUAAAGAACUUUUGGCUAUAGCAACAGAUUGUGCAUUUUGAAAACC